UUAAAUCCAGUAGGAUUAAAUUCACAUACACAGCGCAAUUAAAAACAUCUAAACAUUAGAAACAAUUAACUAAAUGAUUAUGAAUAAAUGUACUUACAAAUCUGUGAUUAAAAUGAUUAAAAUUGAUCAACUUGUGUUAAUUAUUUUCUUAGUAUUUUUUACCCAAUUGAUUAACUGUUUUCCCUCAUCACCAACAGAAUUGGAAUCAAUUCAAUUCUGUCCACCAAAUUGGAAGUUCAUUAAAUCAAGUUAUAAGUGUAUUUAUUUUGAUCGAACUCAAAAAGGAAAUUUCGAGGAAAACGAAAAGUUCUGUAGGUCCGAAAAUUUGAACAGUUCAAUGUUGGUUAUCGAUUCAUCCGAUGAGUCGGAACAAGUGAACAAAUUGAUUAGAGACUCAUCGAUCAGCCGAUGUUGGCUUGGUGGUAAAACUAUUCAGUCCCAUGGAGGAGGAAAACAGGCCAAUGUUACAAUUGUAUGGUCACCAAGAAAGAUGACCAAUUACACUAAUUGGGCACCAAAAUCACCUAAUUGUUUAUCAUCACCAUUUUGUUGUGUUACGAUCAAUUCCAGAUCAUGGUGGACUGAUAUUAAUUGUCAAGCAAAUGCCGUCAUGAUUUGUGAAAAAAGUGCCAUCAAAUCAACUCGAAGUGAAAUCGUUUCAUAUUUUACUCAAUUGUUGCAACAAAUUGAUUCAUCUAAUUACAGUGAGAUAAUUAAUUCAAAUUUAACUGAAAUUGUCCCGAAAACUGCUGAAUACGAUUCAUCAUCAUCUCCAUUCAAUUCAAUGGUUUUAAUUGCUGAAAUUCAACAAAAGCAAUUGGAAAUGAUUAAAUUCAUAGUGUUUUUAAUCAAUGAUCUUAACAAUUUAAUCCAAUCCCGAAAUCAAGAUGAACCAAUCAAUUCAACUACUGAUUCAAUCAUAUCCCAACUAAACGAUCAACUUAAACAAUCAAUUUUUGGUACAGAGAUUUGGUUGAUUGUAGCUGUAAUUGGUUUAACAGUAAUUGUGAUAAUAAUCGUGUUGAUUAAGAUAAUUAAAUGUUAUCACAAUCGAUCAGCCAAAAAACGUAGACCUGAACAACUUUUGCCCAACUCAGUCCAAUGGCCCUGUCAUCAAAAUGAUUCAGCUUAUGGAUUUCAAUUAGAUUAAUUAAAAAUAUCAACAAAAUAAAGAUACAAAUCAACAAUUAUCCAUUAAUAUUAUCUCAACAUUGGAGAUGCUUUUAGCUUAUUAAAGAUAAAUAUUAAUAGCGACAAAUAAUGAGUCUAAUUGUUGAGAUGUUUAAUCGUAACAAUUAAUUGUAAUUUAACACGAAUCUUGUUUAGCAUCAAAAGAAGCAGAAAAAACAAUAGAGAGAGAGAGAGAGAGAGAGAGAGAGAGAGAGAUUGUCAAUAUUGAGAGAGACUUUGUUUGCGUUUUCCAAAUAAUAGAAUUGCAAUUGAUUCCAAAGAAAAUAAAUUGUUACAAUUAAGGAAAUAAUAAUCAUCAGCGUCAUCUGAUUAAUCAUCCGCAUCAUUAUCAUGAUAAUAACUAAUAAAAACCACCGAUUGAGAUGAACCAAAUCAACUGGAUGAACCCAAUGGAUGAUAAUUAAUUUAAAUAUUAAUUUACUGAUUGGGUGGAGCAAUUUACUUAUCUCUCUCUCUCUCUCUCUCUCUCUCUCUCUCUCUCUCUUUCUCUCUCAAUGUAUUUAAUUAUUACCAUGAUAAUAAUAAGAAAUAUAUGAUAAUUAAAAUGCUACUGAAUAAAUUGUAAUUCAUUUGUAAUCCAAAUAAAAAUGAAUAUUUGAAAAAAAGGGAUAAUCAA